UGCAGAUAGUUGGUAGGAGCGCUGGGAGGAACCGCCACUAUCAUCCAGUAUUUUUUAGUUUUUCUUUAGGAGGCCAUGGAGGAAGCUUCAGCUGAAGGCCUGUGCUCAGAAGCAGCAGCAGCAGCGUCUCCAGGCUGGGCCUUCCUCCACAAGCCCAUCAUCACCCUGGUGAUGGGGUCCCUGAUGUCUGCAGCGGGCGUCCUCCUCUUCUGGCUCCGCCGGGCCGGGGUGACCGACGUGUCCUGCUCGGCGGCCUCGGCCUGCUUGUCCACGGGGCUGAUGUUCGUGGCGGUGGGGCUGGUCUGGAUCCCCGUCCUGAAGGAGAAGCGCAGGCGGCAGCGACUCGGCGUGGGACUGGAGUAGGAGGCGAAGCCAGCGGUGAAGUUUCUACGGUGCCUUCAGGUCCAGGAGAGGAGCAGCAGAGGCACGCCGCUUGUCCUGGUCUGGUGGGAACGUCUGGAGCCGGGGGGCUGAUCCGGGUUUUCAUAACCAUUCCAGGAUCCCC